GUAGGAGCUGAUGUUGUUACUGAAGUUAGCCCAGCCCCUCUGCGCAUUCACUGAUUCAGACUCCGGUCUCGACCCGUGAGACAAAAGCGAAGACUGUUAUAGUUUGAGGUCAAGGUAGCCGUGCGUUCUCAGAGACACGUUGAUAGCAGAGCGCUUUUUUUGGACUUAGCACGAACUGAUUGAUCUUGUGGCGGGCGAGGAAGCAGACAUUUUCGGUCUGGUUUCGCCACUGUUUGUGUGCCUUCGAGUUCGCAGAGCAGUUUGUGUGUGAGGGCAAAAGUUUGAGGCUCCGAAGGACCACGACAUCUUGCACCGAGUCAGCUGUCGGUUCGUCAUCUGAGUCAGGACUUGUCCCCCAAGUUAGUUCCGCCGUUGCGGGUGUUCGGAAAUCUAGCAUCCCUACUGUCCACCGCUUUCCACAGUGGAAACAAGACAGUCGAAAAUGUCGCCUGCAACUCGCUUGGUCAGUUGUUGGUUGUUAGCGGCCUUGGCAGGACGAUUCGUAGCCGAUGCUUCCUCACAAGCGAGGGCUGGUCAAGGCUCAUGCAUGACCCGUUGGCUGAGACGCUUCUCGCCCAGCACGCACCAUGGCGAGGCACAGCGUCUAGCACAGGUCUUUCUCAAGAUCCGUCCGCCGAUUGACGAGCGCAACGCGCGGUCGCAGGACCUACUGCCGCUGACGUAUUUCCUCGGCAACAUGUCCAAUGCGGAGAAUUUUGUAGAUUGCAUCACCCGUAAGACUGACCGCUGCAAGUCCAGGCCAGCAUGUAGCAAUGGUGGCCAGUGUGUGCAUCAAGACGUGCUGUCAGUGGAUGAGUACAUGUGUGACUGUCCAGUUGCCACCACCGGUCGAUUCUGUGAGACAGUGCUUAAUGCUUGUGCAAGCUCACCCUGCAAGAAUGGUGCUACGUGUCACGAAGGAGAUGGCACAACGUACAGCUGUGAAUGCCGGACGUUUUUCAAUGGACCCAACUGCGAGAGCCAGUGGCUCAAACCGGAAGACUAUUCCGCCAUGGUCGGCAGGGUCCGGAAGCUGGCCUUUGAACUAGCGCGUCAGAGAAACAACAACAACAACAACAACAACAACAACAACAACAACAACAACAACAACAACAACAACAGUGUUGAGCACACCAGCCCCAGCAUCAGCAGCAGCAGCAGCCAAAUGAACAGUAUCAACACGUUCCUACGCAGGAUGGAGGCCAGGUUCGUGUCGUUGUUCAAUGGACGCAUCGCUAUCAUUGAGCGUAACCAGGCCAGCGCCUUGUCAAGGCUGCAAGGACAGAUCAACAGCAAGCUUGCCCGACUGAAGAGCACUCUGACAGCGGAGAUAAAUAGGAAAAUUGGUACUGGUCAGAGUGGACAAGAAGAAGAGCAGCAACAGCAACAGUCCGACCAAGAUGAGAAUCAGCCCACACCGCAAGAGCCAGAGAACGGUCGAGACGGCAUCCCUCCCGGAUCAUCGGCUGAUCAAAGACUCUUCAACCUUCUACAGAGACGCUCACAGCCAUGGAAAGAAUGCGUUCGGCGUGGACAGGACAACGCCAUGCGAUCGUCGGGGCCAUUCAUCUACCAAGUCACGCCAGGGAAGCAGAUCCUAGCGUCGUGCAACAUGACCGUGGAUGGCGGCGGUUGGAUGGUGGUCCAGCGGCGCAGCAACGGGCAAGUACAUUUCCACAAUCGCACCUGGCAAGAGUAUAAGCAUGGCUUUGGGUCAGUGACCGGCGAGUUCUGGAUCGGCAAUCACAACCUGCACUUGAUAACAAACAGUAGGCCUGGAUCAUUUUUUGAAAUGCGCAUUGACGCCGUUCACAUUGACUUGCCAGAAGAGCACAUGUUCAUAGAGUUUGACCGUGUGCGUGUGGCGAGCGAGGCCGACCGGUAUAGUCUCAGUGCCAGUCGACACACUGCCUCUUUGGGUACCCUGGCAAAGAACAUGUUCCUGCGCUUCACCGGAGCGGCGUCGGCCGGUUUUACCGUCCAUCCAGACUGCGGGGGCUGGUGGAUGAGAAGCUGCGCGGAUCGAUACACCGGAAACGCGAACGGGGUUUACCCCGAUGGUCAGUCGUCUUCAAUUCCGAAAUCGCUGCGCGUGGUCUCCCGGUCUGUGCGCCGCUUUUACGCAAGCCGCUCACCCAAAUUCACCUUCUCUGAGGUGAAGAUACGCCGGAGCAGUGCUUGACUGUCGCUGCCACCCCUACUGAAAUAAACUUCAUUCCCACAAUAAGUAGCUGUUAGCUGCAUUCCCACAAUACAUAGCUAUGAGCUUCAUUCUCACAACACGUUAGCUGCUUCUCCAGGCUUCUUUGUGAUGUUUGACACCGAUCUUCCUCUACCCGUUUCUCCACUUUGCGCUUUGCCUCUAGAUUUCUCUUUCAUCCACCGGUCUUUGCUUGAUUCCCAUAGCAGUGUAUGUUUGCAUCCUUUAAAACAUAAUAUUAUUAGUACAGUAUCAGCGCUUGGCUGUGCGCAUCAAUAGCAUUGUAUUCGUCUAUUCGACUCGAUUGCGGCGCCGGGAGUAAUCAUCACUAGCACCACCGCCGCCAUCAGCAACAUCACCAGCACCAGCACCACCAGCAUCGCCACCACCACCAGCACCACCAUCACCAUCACCACCACCACCAGCAUCACCACCAUCAUCACCACCCACACCACCACCACCACCAUCACCACCACUACCAGCUCCACCACCACCCACACCAUCACCACUACCACCACCAGCACCGUGGUCUAAGACACUACAACACCACCACCACCACCAUAACCACCACCACUACCACCAGCAUCACCACCACUACCACCAUCACCACCACCACCACCUACACCACCAUCACCAUCAUCACCAUUGUUUAGCUAAGACACUACAACACCACCACUGUAUUGAUCUCUACGUUUACGCCUUUGGGGCUCCAACCGGGAGAGGAGUACAAAAAGCGUUGGAAUUGAGUUGCAACGUCCUAGACUAUGUUGGUGGUGCUACACAUGCAUAUCAAUAGCAACACACUGUACUAGUACUGGAGAUAACCAUGACAUUUGCUGAUGCGCAUUCAUUCACAUGAUUGUAUUGUAUGUGUGUUUCAUCAUAGACACUCUGUAGAUCUGAUAUGCAUUCUGGCAUCUGUUUCAUUAUCGACAUUUUCCGUAGAUCUAUUCCAUUGGUAUGAUCUGAUUAAUACUUUGACAGCACUACGAUUUGAUUUUCCGAACGACACAGUCAAGCAUCUUGCAAGCAACA